UUGAGAAUGCAAGAGGUUUCAUGUUCUUUGAUGUUAUUUAUUUUUUAUGACUGGUGAAAAGAAGGUUUCAGGAUCCUUGACUGGUUGUAACUUCUUAUUAUGGUCGUAAAAAUGGAUUAUAUGACUAUAAUAAGAAGCUUACAAAAACCACAAUAGUUCGAUGAUCAACUACGUUUUUAGGCGAAAGCAGUUUUUUCAUGGUGAAUUUUUGUAGUUCAGCAACGUGUUUUACAAGGCCUGCAUGACCAGUAAACAAGCUUGUAGUAAAACCUUGAGUAAUUAAUGCCUUUUACACUUACUCGAUUUAUACAAAUCGCACUUUACUGCAUUAUUUCAUCACAGCAACAAAAUGCAGUGUACAGUUAUACACAUUCACACAUACUAUUGUUGUAUAUCAAUUUAAAGGAGGGUCAUACAUAUUCAUGAAUUUAGCGGAGGGGGAUUAUUUAUAUAGGUUUUCACCACGGACAACCAGAGUUUUGCAGAUUUCCCUCACUAUUUCAGUUUUAUUGUGCACUUAUUGUUGUCGCUGACAAAUGCUACUUAUUUAAAUUAGUAGUAAUGUGUUGGUUAGUGCGGUGUAAUGAAACCUCCCCCCUCGCAGCGGUGAUUUGGUUCAGUCCGAUCUACAGCUCCAUCAGUCAGUCAGUCAGUGAGCGGGAGCUUUCAUGUGUUUAUGUGAGUUCUACUAGCCUACAACAGCAUUAAACCUCAAAACAAACGUGCACUCGGCAUUUUAAUAAGCGAUAAUCAAAAUGAAGGAGCCAAUACCUGUGAGCAAAGCAUCUUGAAGAGAAAGAGGCCAGUGUGAGUGUGUGACUGUAUGUAUGUGGAUGAGCUUUCAUAGGCCAUGUCUGUCCCCACCAAACAAGAGAGGACAGUAUGUGUCCUCCUUCCCACAAAGGAGACAUUAGACAUCACAGUGGGGUUGAAAGCAACGGGUCAAGAUGUGUUUCAUCGUGUCUGCGAGCUUCUCGGGGUUAAAGAGCUGCACUACUUUGGAUUGACUUUAGUCAAAAACAAUGAGCACAUCUUUCUGGACUUGGAAGAGAAACUUGCCAAGUACUUCCCUAAGGAAUGGAAACAGGACUCAGGGAAGCAGGGGUCACAGAGGAGGUCAAUCCCUCCGCUGCUCUGUCUGAAGGUCCAGUACUAUGUGGAGAACGGCAGACUCAUCUGUGAGCGUAAAGCAAGAAAACUGUACUACUAUGAUCUGCGGGAACGUGUCCUGCGCUCAGAAUGCCGACAGCAGGAAGAAGUGUAUUUCCAGCUGGCAGGAUACGCCCUACAGGCCGAUCACUCCGACCACCCCUCAGACGGCCACAGUCAGGGACACGCUGCGUAUUUCCAACCCAAAGAAUACUUUCCACCCUGGAUAAUAGCGAAGCGUGGCAUUCACUACCUGCUGUGUCAUGGGCCCAAGGUUCAUAAAGAGCUGUGGGGGAUGUCCUCGCGUGACGCUAUCCUGCUCUUUAUCAGAGAAUCUUGCCGUCUGGAGGAUGUUCCAGUCACCUUUUAUCGCCUACAGAAGGACAAGAAAGAAGAGAAAGGUUCAGCACUCCUUGGACUCACUCUACGAGGAAUGCAAGUGUAUCAGGAGGUGAACAAUGUGCGUGAUCUGCUGUAUGACUUCCCCUGGUUUCACGUGGGACGACUCACUUUUCUGGGGAAGAAGUUUGAGAUCCAGCCCGAUGGUUUGCCCUCUGCGAGAAAGCUGGUGUACUACACGGGUUCGGCUUUUCGUUCCCGACAUCUUCUGCUGCAUUUAAGUUCCUGUCACCGAUUGUACCUCAGUUUGCAACCUGCACUCAAACACCUGCGGCAGCUUGAGGAGUCAGAGGAGAAGAAGAGGUACCGUGAAUCGUACAUCAGUGAUGAGCUAGACCUGGAUCAGCCGUGCAGCGAGGGCAGUCCCCGUCUGUCUCGACACUCCACCAGCAGCUCUGGCAUUGAGGCGGACGCCAGGCAACACAGCGUCUCCGUAGAGAUGGUUUCCAUGGAGGAGAAGGAAAAGUCCUUCAUCUCUGCUGUCAGUCACGGCUCCUCACACACCUCUGGCAUCGACACGAGCAGCAAAGCUCGGACUGAUGAAGAUGAGUGGCAGGAGGAAGAUUUGCAGGAUGUGGUGAAGGAGCCCGGGGAGGUCUCUGUGGACGACCCUGUGGAUAUCUUGCGAUUGGCUGACUGUCCCACCAGCCAAUCAGACACUGAAUUUAAAGGUCUACAAAUGAGUUCAGUUACAGGGAAUGAUCAAAUGGACCAUUGUGAUCCAGAUAGCAUGAAACAGGUUUCCAAUCAGAAGGGUCGUAACCCGGCCGACCGCUACAGUCUGAGCCUGGACGACGUGCGACUGUAUUCCCCCCUUCUCCCUCUGGGAACGGCAUCGGUUCUAGACACAUCCGUCAGCUACACGUUUGGGCUUCCGCACUCCUCGACCAGUACAUGUCCAGACAGUACUUCAUUCUGUGUCCAGCGCUCCACGAACUGCCUAUCUCUGGACCUGCUGGAUGAUAACCAGUUGCUGGAGCUUGUCCUUUAAGAAACUGAGAAGACUGCAGCUUCCUGUUGUCUUGUCAUUAAACUGGACAGAAAAAUAAAGACAAAACUGAGGCAUUAACAGGACACAUUUUUAUCAGGAAUUUCAUUAAAACUCAACCAAUGUGUUUCUUCAGGAGAGUAUGAACAAAUGUGUUUGUUUUUU